AUGUGUAUCUCCAUGAUGGUGACGAGUGUCACGGCCGGGAAGGAUGAAAGCUGGGCCAGGGCACUCAUGGCAGCCAUCAUCUUCAUCAGUAUGGGAGUCAUCGCUUCCUUCUUCUGUGCCAUCGUGGACGGAAUCAUCGCGGCUGAGUUCAUAGACAGUAGGCCGCUGCUGGAGGACAGGUGUGAGUUCUACGCCAGUGGAUCAGGGUACGCCUACGACAACUAUUAUACUGAGGUGGUGUGCAGCUCAUUCAACAGUGAGUGUAAAGUGAGAAUGAAGAGCAACACCUGCUACUGCUGUGACCUGUACAACUGUGAGAGUCCAGACUACCAUACCCAUUACUAUGAGUUCACGGGGGUGAGUAGCUGCUGGGAUGUGGUCCAUCUCCAUCGUCUGCUGUGGGCCUGUGUGGUGCUCAACAUAAUGGGCCUGUUCCUGGGAAUCAUCACAGCUGCUAUACUGGGGGCUUACAAGGACCUGGCUCCCGCCCCCCAGAUGUCCCCCAGUCCCGCCCCACCCCCCCACAUCAUGUAUAACCCCACCCAGCACGUGGUGACCUACGCUGGCUUCUGCCCCAAUGGACAGGCCCUGCCCGCCUACCCCAACUACCCCGCUUUGCCCAUGCAGCACCACAGCAGUUACCAGGGCCCCUCCACCCCCCAGCCCGGCCUGGAGAUGACCCUAACCCCCUCCUCUCCGUCAGAGGAGAGCCAGAGCCAGCCUUCCGCCCAGGCCCCCUGCCAGCCCACCUUCCAGACUGGCUCCCAGGACCCUGGUCAGGGUUACAUGCUAACACCCAACGCCCCUGCCCUCUACCCUGGCCCCGUCUACGGGCCCUCCGGCUUCGAGAAGCCCCCUCCUUAUGCAUGCUGA